AUGAUAAGUAUUUAUCAAAAUGGACAAAAUAAUGAUUUAAAAUGUGAAAAAUGCAAGAAGAAUGAAGCGAAGUAUAAAAUUAAGCCAACCCAUUGUAUAUAUUGUCAGUUGCCCGCUGCAUUUGUUGAUAAUAAAUGUGUAUGGUGUUCCUAUGGGGAGCGGAAAACUGGACCACCAGUUCCUUGCGUAAAAUGUAAGAUUAAAUCCGCCUUUCCCAAAGAUCGAACUUCGUCAGAUGCCACUUGGAUUUGUCGACUAUGUUCAUUACUUAAUAAGACAAAUAAAAGUUUGGGUAAGCGUAAGUCAUCAGACUUAGGACGUAUUUCUCAAUAUAAACGUAACAAUGAAAAAAGCGAUCAUAAAAAUAAACAGCACAAGGUAACUUUUUCAACGGACCUAAAUUCAGAACAAGUUCAGUCGGAACAUAUUUUAGUUGUACAACAAUAUAAAGAUGAAAUUUCAAGUCUACGAAAACAAUGUUCUGAAAAGGAUAGACUGAUUUUGGAACGUGAUAAAAAGAUAGCAGCAUUGAAUGCGGAAAUACUAUGCAAUGAAAAAGAAGGAAAGCAGAAAGUUUUACAGUUGCAGCGGCAGCAUACGGAUGCAAUUCAGAAUCUUCAUGAACAGAUUCGAUCACUAACGAAACAGCUUGAAAUACUUUAUGUUUUAUUACAAUGGAGAAAAGUUUCUUACUGCCUACCUAUUGGAUGGAGAAUGAUUCGUAAAAGCGCCUUAGAGUGA